AUGGAUGAUUGGACCUCUCUUGGUCCUCUUAUUGAGCUGAUAGGUGAGAGAGGACCAGCUGUUACUGGAUUGAGCAUUAAUGCAGUGGUGGUAGAUGCUCUAACAAGUGAUGGGUGGUGUUUUGAGCGAAGUAGAAGCAGGAAUCCGAUCAUCACAUUGCUCAGAGAGAGUAUGCCUGAUGCGCAACCAAUUUUGAGCUCAGAGGUUGAUGAUACUUAUGUUUGGGCCACUAAUGGUCAGAAUAGUUCAGAGACAUUCUCCACUAGUGAGACUUGGAAGACUCUUUUUCCUUGCACGUUGGAAGUAUUUUGGCAUGAAGUGAUUUGGUUCUCAGGACGUAUUCCGAAGCAUAUAGACAACAUAUGUUCUUUGACUACGACUUCAGUAGACAGGUGUGGUCUUUCUUCACCAAUAGCUGCAGUUGGUACCUCCAAGGCUUCAAUCCUGUUCGAAGAUGGCCUAAGAUGGUUGAAGAAUCCAUCGAGGGAAAAGAAUGUGAAGUUGAUUGUGAGGUUACUCCACCAGGCUUGUCUCUAUCUUAUUUGGAAGGAGAGAAACUCAAGAAUACACACAGAUGUAGCUAGACCACCUGAGGCCAUUAUUGCUGAGAUUAAGCAAAUCAUUCGGCUAAGGCUGGAUCCUCUAGCUCGGGCUCAAACGCUAGUUCACCGAGAAGACUCGGUUCUGGCCACUUGGUUUUCUAUAUUCUAGAGAGUGAAGUUUUGAUAGCUUAGAAUGCUUGUAAAUAGUGCUUUUCUGGCUUUCUUUGUAACCCAAUGUUUUUUGGUUGAGUAAAAUUAGAAUUUUUUUUUUUUAAAAACUAAUAUAAUAAAACGUUAAUAUGUUAAGUAAUAAUAAUAUACGUGAAUCUAACGUAUAAGCAGUAUACACAUAAGGUUAUUUGUAAGAAAAUGAAACAUUUAGCAUGCCACAAAAUAUUCAAAUUUGAUUAUUUGCAAUAUAUACAGUCGCCAAUAAUUUUGUAUUGUAUUAAUAAAAUGUUGAGCUGAUUUUGAGAUUUUGUUUAUUAUAUAUAAUAUAUUCAUUAAAUAAAAUAAAGUAUAAAACGAAUUAUAGUAAUUUUAUAGUGAAUUCUUUGAAAAUAUAUUCAUCACAUUUUAUAGAUCUAUUGAGAAAUGUUGAAACUUUUAGUAUUGUUAUAAGAAAAUUUCUUUCUUUUUUUUAAUUAAAUAAAUAUAUUAAAAUCAACCGGAAAACCGGGAUACAGUUUGGAUUACAAGGUCGAUUUCAAACCCAAGUUUAAAAAUUGUUAAAAUUAUCUUCGCCCGUCCACCAAAUCCGGCACAUUCCGCUAAUCCACUUUUAAUAACCCUAGGAACCACGUAAAUGUUCUCAACCUUAGGCGGUGACCACGGGAACGUGAGGUUCUCCUCAUUGCCUCGGAUGCCGGGAAUUCCCAUGUCGUCUUCGGAGUAGGUAGUUACUGGUGAAUGCCUCGAUACUUGUAAUCGUCACCGCCAAUAAUCCCAAAAACGUUAUAGAAGAAGGUUAUAGAAAACAAACCAAAAAACCGUACCACAACCUCCUGUACAUCUUCUAUAACGCUUUAAACCGCUCGGGAAGCACCAUGCAAGGAUCUCCAAUGAUCAAGAAUGCAGAAAGUCGGGAACGGGACAGCAAAUGCUAAUUGAACCAGUACCUUACUCCAAACCUGCAAAGACUAUAGCUGAGAGACGCUACCGCAAGCAGAAACUCACGGCACUGGGAUAUGCCUCACAGUAGACUGAUCCACCGAAGAACAAGAAGAGACUCCUCAUACCACAAGAAGCUUCCAUUCCUCGUCAAUCUCCUCCUCCGAAAACCGAAGAAAAGGUCAAUCUUUGAUGUCGAGACCAUGAACCGGUGGCACGAUUCAAUCUGCACAGAACAAAACAGAGCAAGCACAAACCCGAACAAACAAGUCGACAAAGCUCGCCGGGAGACUGAAACUAAUUAACCGGGAAGAGAGCAUUUGGUUGAGAGGGAAGUCACAGCACCGCCUCGAAGAAGCCAUAAACGACUGUCUUCAACACCGCGGCGUUGCAACACUCCACGAGCCAUCACCACGAGCUUCGAUACAUGCCGGCAACAAGGGCUAAAACUCGUCUCUGAGUAAACAGAUCUCCAGAGCUCACAAGGCAGAAGAAAAUAGCACCUGUUCAACCAAGACGCCAAGGAAGAAACAACAGCUCUACCUCUACUCACCUCUCACCGUAAGUCCAAGCUGAAAUCGUACCAAGACUACAACCAUGACACAAAGGUGAGCCAAGCACACGCCUCCACGCGCCACCAUCCCUCCAAGAGGCUUAAGGGACCUCCUGCAUAACCCUAAAAACAGACUUCAACAUCAGAAAUCUUCACUCAUCCCGUGUUGAAACUCCAUCAUCUAGCUGAUCAUCGCCAGAGUCGGAACUUCUCUGCAAUGAAACCGAGAUCCGUCGUGCCUCCAGAUGUAGAGUACCAAACAAGACAGGGAGAGUGAAGGAGACUAUGGUGAAGCAAACACAAAAUAAGCGGUUGAGAAAGAAGAGGGACGCCUCCGGCGCCGGUACGCGCACGCACGCGCCGUCUGGUCGCCGGAUCAGUUGAGAUCUCCUUUUGUUCGCGAGAGAGUAAAGAUAGUGAGAGAAAGUAGAUUUUGGUCUUUUUUUUAUUUAAUACUUACUGACUUCUUCCAUAUGCUGAAAAGUUUUUGCGAAUACUUUUUAGGUGACAUUGCCUCAUUACAUAUAAUACAAAUACACAGUGAAUUUGUUCCACGGUGAAAUGAUAUCAAGACAUACAUUUUUUUUAUUUUUUUAUUUUUUUAUUUUAUAUCAAGACAUACAUGUUCUUACGAUAGUUACCUUCCUUUUCAACGGAAAAUGAGGAACGCUUUAAGAAAAAUGUUGAGGAAUUUGAUCAACAUGUAAGAUAGAAAAAUGUUGAGGAAUUUGAUCAACAUGUAAGAUGCAUACCGACUUUGUGACUUGUUUUUAUGUAUCAUUUCUAUCAGCUAAAUACAGAGUUCGUUAAACGUAUUUCAGUUUUUACGGAUACAGAAAACCCUACGCAACAUAUUUCAGUAGUUUAACGUCAGCAAAAAUAGGAAUCUUUCGUUUAAAACAACAACAAAAGAAUCAUUUUUGUAAUUUUUUUUUGUUUUCUUCUUUAGAUAUUGAAUAUGAGUUAUCGAAGUGAAUAAUUUUACAUUCCCGACUAUGCCAUGUAUAACAUGUUCAAAUGUUAUCAAAACACAAUAAUUAUUCUGUUUGUAGGUUCUUUUAGUAAUUGCAAAAAUUAUUUCCAAUAUACGAUUUCCUCAGCGAGUAAUUUGAAAAUUCAAUUAUAGCAAAAGGAUCACAGAACUAUUUGUGUUAUUAGUAAAACUCAAAUAGCACGGUUUAGAAAAAAAAGUAUAGAUGAGUUAAUUUAUCAACAAAUUUUUAGCUAAUUUAUCAUUUUAACUUAGUUUAGGGGUAUUAAAUUAGGGGAAAACUGUUAGCUCGAGUAGCUAGUACCUACAAAAUCCAAACACUAGUAUUGGUUCAGAAUAUAAUCAUUGCGAGUUUAGAAUAAAUAUUAAUUAAUCUAAACCGUUAAAUCAAAGAUGCAAUUUUACUAAUUGAUAAAAAAAUCACAUUAAGAAAAUCACUAAGUUUGAAGAAUGAUUAAAGAUGGAAAAAGGAUAAUUAAAUUUACAUUCGAAGAAAAAGGCAGAUGCAUAGACCAUAGACGUAAGACACUUGUGAUAUACCCAAAUAUUUUUAGUAAAAUAUAUACG